AUGGAUGAAUCAAUUGAUGUGAGUGAUGCUCUUGCACAUGCGUCACACCCAGACAACAACAUAAGGUCAAUAGGAGAAGACAUGCUAAAGCGGCUCCAAAAUCUUGAUCUUCCCAACUUCCUCCUAUAUUUAUCAUCUGAGCUUUUGAGGGAGGGGAUUCCAGAAGAGUCUAGGGCACUUGCUGCCAUCACCCUUAAGAACUCCUUGGACUCAAAGGAUCCUGCACUCAAGGAUGCACACAAGGAUCUACUUUGUAUAAAAUGGCUCAGCCUGGAUCCCUCUAUCCGAUCAGAGAUUAAGAAUAAGUUGCUCAUGACACUAGAAUUUGAUUCAAGGCAAUCUCAUUCAAGGCACCCCUCAUCAAAAGUUAUUGCAAAAGUUAUUGCGAGAGUUGCAUGCAUGGAGAUACCCCGGAAUCAAUGGCUGGACCUUGUUGGUAAAUUAAUGGACAACAUGGCAAGUUCAUCUUCUUCACUAAAGCAAGCAACUCUAGAGGUGCUCCAGUAUAUCUUUGAGGCGAAGAUCCCUAAAGUUGUCAAGGGGGAUCAAGUGGAUGUUGUUAUGGGUAGUGUCAUCAGUGCACUGAAUAACCAGAUGCUAGAUUCUCAAGUCCAUCUCACAGCCCUUAAAGCUUUACUCAACAUACUUGAGUUUACUAAGUUUGAAGACCAUGCUUGGAGGAAUUCUAUAGUGGCAGUUUGUGAAGUGGCAGGCAGGAUAAAUUCUGGAGCAGAGAUCAAAGAGGCAGCAUUUGAGUGCCUUGUUGCAAUUGCACACACUUGUCAUACCAUAUUAGAACCUUACAAGGAGAUCAUGAUGAGUCUUACAUCCCAAGCUUUGGAAGGAGAUGUGGAAUCACUUAAAGUCCAAUGUAUUAAGUUGUGGAUCACUGUUUUCCAAGAAGAGAUUGAUUGGGAAGAGGAAGAGGAAGAGGAGGAAGAAGAAGAAGAAAAAGAAAAAGAAGAUGAUGAUGAAGAAGAAGAGGCAUCUAGCUUUAUUGGUCCUCUCUGUUCAUUUGUUCCACUUCUCCUACAAACUUACUUAAACGAAGAAGAGGGAGAUUUAAAACAGGAGGACAUUUGGAAACAGGGAGACGAGGGAGAUGGAGACAUUUCCAUGACGGGGGAACAAGAAGAAGAGGGAGAUGAAAAUGUGGAACAAGAGGGAGUAAACCUUGAAGACAUUUUGGAACAAGACGAAGAGGAAGAUGAGACUCUACAAGGCAUUUCCAUGACAUGCCUAGGCCUUGCAGCUAGAAUUAUGAAGGGUAGAGUUGUCCCCCUUGUGAUGCAUUUUGUCAAGGAGAACUUGAAUGGGCCACAUAAGAUAGCAGCAUUGUCUCCAUUAGGUUUUAUCCUGGAAGGUCCCUCGGUCAAGCAACUUGCUCCUCUAGUUCAUUUAUUGCUUGUCUUGAUGGACCAUCCGGAGGAAGGUGUAAGAGGCAGGGCUGCAUGGACACUUGGGCGGCUGUUUAAGCUUGUUGGUGCACAUAGAAUCGUGAGAAAUGAGGUGGUGGUCCUGGAUCAGAUCAUGAAGCUCUUGAUAGAAAGGAUCAAAGAUGUCCCUGAAGUGUCCGUUGAAGUGCAUGGAGCUCUAUAUUUUCUUGCAAGAGGUUAUGGAGAAGAUGCAAAGUCAAGGUCAAAAUCAAACUCAUGUGAGCUUUCACCUUUUGUUAAGCCUCUUAUUGAUGCUCUUCUUUGUGCUUCGGAUCUGGCUAGGGAGACCCCUUUUUGCCUUCUUCCAUCUCCUUAUAAAGCUUUGAGUGAGAUUGUGAGAGUUAGUGACACUGGGGACUUACAAGUUCGCCAGGCUGUUAUAGGCUUGAUGUCUCAUAUUAUGAGGAGAUUCAACAUUGUGCUUAAUGGUCAUGGUGCAGUUUCAUCUGUUCGGAGGAAGAACCAACUUGAGGUCUUGCUGUGUGGUCUAGUUGAAGUCUUGAUCCACAAGCUUGGAAGUACACUCAAGGGGUCUGCUAAAUGUGUGUUGAUGUUGUUGUGCCCUCUCUUAACCCGUGAGAGUACAAGUGCACGAAAUGGAGCAGCCCUUGCCAUUGGUGCUCUUGCUCAUGCCAUUGGUGCUGAUUUUGGACAACACAUGCCUACGGUGCUACAAUAUUUCAGUGUGAAGCGACUCUCUCCACUUUAUUUAGAAGUGAUAUGUGAUAUAUGCCAUGUCUUGGGAAAAGAGGGAAAAGAGGAAGAAGUGGUGCCAUGCUUUUAUCAUAUUAUGGAAGUUUUGUAUCAAGGUAUGGGAGAAUUGACACUUCAACCUCCAAUUCUAUCAAGCAUUGGACAGAUUGCUCUUGCUAUUGGUGAAAAAUUUGAGAAGUACCUGCCUCCAGUUAUGGAAAAGCUUAUAGUUAUGGAAAAGGUUGCUCAACUCGAUCAGGAUCCUCUUGGGGAUCAUAGUAACAAGGUUAGAGAGGCGAUAUCUAAGGCCUACCAUGGCAUAUUAGGGGGUAUAACCGACCCAAAGUCUGGAUUCAAGGUAGGAAUGGCUCUACUUGACUUCACUGAAAAGGAGAGAAAGAGAAGGGACAGUGACAGAAGGUCCAGAAGGACUAGGACCAUGACAGCCAGGGACACAAGGACCAUGAAAGCGCUAGUUGAUGCCUUGUCUCAGCUUUCUCCUAGAGUGGGGGUUUGGUCAGAGGCGUUGAUUCGAUCGAUGCAGGAAGCAAAUACUCCCUCCUUAAACAAAUAUAAGAGCGUUUAG